AGCAGCAAGCAAGAGUCCCGGAUGUCAUGACUGCCAUGGUUACAGUUCCUGCUUACAUCGAUAGGAACAGCAUCUGACGGAAAGUUUGUUUUUGUAGUUUUAUGCUAAACUCCGUUUUGCUGCCUGUGAAAUGUGGAGAUUAAACAAAGUUCGCCAUAAAGCUGGUGGGCAUGCUAACAGCCUGGAGGAGCUCAGGACGAAGAGGAGAGAAAAAGAAAGAGCACUGAGGCAAGCCCGCAGAGACAGACAGCUUGUGAGCAAGAGGCUCCUUCUUAAUGAAGAUGAAGAACAGGACACCAUGGAGGUUACACCUGGGGAACAGGAUGUGGUCACCUUGUUCCAAAAACUUCAGCAUGGCAGCACAGAAAAAGAGGCCUUCUUAAGACCCUUGAGUAAAGCUCUGCGUAACCCAUCAGCUCAACUCACCUUCAUCAAGCUGGAGAACAGCAUGCACCUGCUGGUCGGCCUCCUCACCGGCUCUGAUGCUCGCUGCCGUCUGCAGGCUGUUCGCUGUCUUCAUGAGCUCUCUCACUCCCCCCACACCAGCGCCGCGUCCGCCUGUCUGCCUGCUACUCCCUAUCUGCUCACAUACCUGUCAGGCCAGAGCACCAAGUUCACAGAGCUGUGUCUGUACACACUGGGGAAUAUAUGCCCGGAGAGCGAGAAGGUAAAAGAGAGGCUUCUGGCCCAGGGAAUCAUCCCAGCACUGGCCGGCUGCAUACAGAACCACAGACAUAACCUGGCAGUGGUGGAAGCUGCAGGCUUCGCCCUCUUUCAGCUUCUGCAGAGCAAAGAUGCAGCGCAGAAAGUUAUCCCGGCAGUCCUGGCCUCCAGCUUACCUUCACAGCUGCUAUCAGUUCUGACCCCUGACCCUGAUUUUGGUCUGGCUCCAGCUAUAGAGUGUGCAUGGUGUCUGCACUCCCUCACAUCCAGCAGCUCUGAGGAUCACGGAGAGCUGCUGGCGCAAGGGGCCUUGAAGCAGUGUUGUUCCUUGUUAGUGUCGCUAGGUGGUGCUGUGGCUGAUGGAAACACUGACCAAGGCGUGGAGCUGCUUGUGUGUCCCCUGCUGAGGUGCGUUGGAAACCUCCUGUCGUCCUGCCCUUCUGAAGCUCUCCACUCUGAGCUGGGUGGUGUUGAUCUGGUGGCGCCGCUGUGUGAACUUGUUGUUGCCCUCCUCCACACUCUGCCGGCCCUAGCCAAAGAGACAGCCUGGGUCCUCAACAACCUCACAGCCCACUCCACAGAAUCUUGUUCUGCUCUCUUAACUUUAAACUUGGUGCCGAGACUGUUGGAGCUUCUUCCUUUUUCUCAAGGCAUUAAUACUAUGGUUCUAAGGGUUUUAGCAAACGUUGCCCAUAAGAAAAAGGAGUUCUGCAUCCGGCUGGCGGAGCUUGGACUGCUGUCUGCCCUCACUGCUACUCUAAAAAUGGCCGACCAAAACGUGGUGACUCUGAGUCUGGAGGUCCUGUUCAUGAUGAUUGUUAGCUGUCCACAGAUAGCAGAGCAGUUUGUCAGCCAAGGUGGACUUUCGGUUCUAGAAGCCAUUCAGUACAAUAGCGAUGGAGAGGUGAGGCGAAGGGCAACAUACCUCCUGGAGCAGCACAUACUCACUGAAAAAUAGUGGGAAACGUUACUGGUUCAUCCGACCCAGUGAAACCGACCCAAUCCCAGGACAACUAAAAGAAAAGGAAGAAUGUUGAGUGAUUUGUCUUAACAAGUUGUCAUGUUUUAUAUUCUACAGCCUCUACAAUGAUAAGUGUAGAUUUUAAAUUUUUAUGUUUUUUUUUCUAAAUAAUGAAUUGUACACGUUUACCGUUUUGCUCUGCACAAUUUUUCAAAUCCAUGAAGAUUUGACAAAAUCUGAUACGUAGUUUAUGAAAUUAGCUUUUUCUACAAUGUGUUUCUGUGCUGGUACAAUAUACUCAGUGUAAUGUAUCUACAUCCCCAGUUAGCAAUGUACUAAUGAAUACAUUUUCAUAUAAUAAAAAAGAUGAUAUAUUUAAGUAGAUUGUAAUAAAAGUGAAACUAAACUUA